UCCCCGACACGCUUACAAGACUCAUCAGACUCUUCUACUCUUCUCCCCUGACACUUACACUAACGCUUUGAAACCGUAACACUCAGACUCUGUUGCUCAUCCCCAACUCAGAUAGAGCUCAUCGUCGGCGCUUUCACUCUCUCCUCUGCCGGUGCUCCCUCUGUCGUCUCCCCUAACCCGUCUCUGCUGGCGCUCGCAUUCCCUGCACUCACUGCUCACGGUGUCGGUCAGCCAACGGAGGUCGCCAUUCCUUCCUCCACGCCGCCAUUCUCUGCCCUCCUCCCUCAUCAUCUUGCUCAAUCUUCCACCACCUUUGAAGUCCUCACUGCAUGCAUAUGGCGUUGUCAUACAGCUGCAUUGCAAUGGCAAAACCCUAACACCAAGAGGUUCGCUUGCUUUGCACAGUCAAUGCACAUUUUGACUGUGCUGUCGCCGCCACUAGAAGAGCACUCAAUCGCAACAAAGGCAACGACUGGCCUUCUGCUUCCGGCGCUCACCGAGCACGCUAUCUCCACGCCAUCGCUGCUAAGGUCAUCGAGAGAAAGGAUCACCUCGCUAAGCUUGAAUCCCUUGAUUGCGGAAAACCACUUGAUGAAGCUGCCUGGGACAUGGAUGAUGUUGCUGGUUGCUUCGAGUUUUACGCUGACCUUGCCGAGAAACUCGACGGUAAGCAGAAGGCACCCGUUUCUCUUCCCAUGGAAACUUUCAAGAGUUAUGUCCUCAAAGAAACCAUUGAUGUUGUUGGAUUAAUCACCCCAUGGAAUUAUCCUCUGUUAAUGGCUGCAUGGAAGGUUGCCCCUGCUCUGGCAGCUGGUUGUGCUACGAUAUUGAAGCCUUUCGAAUUGGCAUCUGUGACAUGUUUGGAGUUGGCUGACAUAUGCAAAGAAGUGGGCCUUCCUCCGGGUUCUGAGAUGAAGCACAUUGGAAUUGAUACUGAAGCACUCAAAGAGCACUUUGGAAAGAAAGUUAUGGAGCUUGAGGAGGAAAAAAAAAUAGUGCAGCAAGAGAGUGACCCUUUGUUGCAUGAGGUAAAGAAUCUUUCAGUUAAUAUUGAUGGACUAGCACAGAAAUCUCAAGAUGUUCGUGGCCAAAAAAUGAAAGCACUGGAAGCACAGAUUUUAGACCUCAAGAAGAAACAAGAAAACCAGGUGCAGCUACUAAAGCAAAAGGAGAAGAGCAAAGAAACUGCAAAAAAAUUGCAAGCUGAAAUACAGUACAUCAAGGCUCAAAAGGUCCAAUUGCAGCAUAAGAUGAAGCAAGAGGCAGAACAAUUUCGACAAUGGAAGGCUUCUCAAGAAAAGGAGUUACUUCAGGCAGCUGUUGCACGUAGCUUUUGCAAAGUGAUCUAUAUUUAUGACCAGGACAUACAUGUUCGUACCUUAUGACCGUAAGAAUUCUGCUUUGGCAUCCUACCUCAUUAAACUUCAUGCAAAGUGUAGUUAAUGGAAACCAGAGUCCUGUAAUAGUUGUUACCGAAGGAUGCCAGGUGAAUUUCCUUGUUGGAGGAGGACUUCUGGUAAAAGAGUUCACAAAUGUUACAGAUACAAUUAUGUAUGAUCUAAGAGAAGAAAGUUUAAGAGGGCUAGAGGAAGGAGAAACAGCAAAGGACUUAGAAUUUAAGUUGUAUUUUUUUGUAUUUUUCUUUGGUUUUUAUUUUUGGAAUUUGAACUCGACAUUUAUUUUGUAUUUGAGUAUUAGUCUUUUAAUGUAUAAAACAAUUAUAGCAAAAAUUAUAUAUGUCCUUAAUUAUUGUUUGAUUUGUCUUGUAAUAAAAAUUCGAUACUAUAUUUAUAGG